GCGGUCGUUUGUUCGUGAGCUUGCAAAUUUGAGUGUUUCGUCUUCGUCGUUACCAAUGCGUGUCUGUGUCGAGUUGUGAAGUCUACGUUUGACAGAUGUUUGAAUGUGGAUAACGAUUGCGUAUCAGAAUAAAUUUUGUUACGAAUAGUAUUUACGGUCUCAACUUGAAAAAAUGGACCGUCUGUUGAGGUUAGGGGGCGGCAUGCCAGGUCUCAGCCAGGCACCACCACCAUCCGACGCCCCCGUGGUUGACACAGCUGAACAAGUGUACAUUUCGUCUUUGGCGUUGUUGAAAAUGUUGAAACAUGGACGGGCAGGUGUGCCUAUGGAAGUGAUGGGUCUGAUGCUGGGGGAGUUUGUGGAUGACUACACUGUGAGGGUAAUUGAUGUGUUCGCGAUGCCCCAAACAGGGACGGGCGUGAGCGUGGAGGCGGUGGACCCCGUGUUCCAAGCCAAGAUGCUGGACAUGCUGAAGCAGACGGGGCGGCCGGAGAUGGUGGUCGGCUGGUACCACUCGCACCCGGGCUUCGGCUGCUGGCUGUCGGGCGUCGACAUCAACACCCAGCAGAGCUUCGAGGCCCUGUCGGAGCGCGCCGUGGCCGUCGUCGUCGACCCCAUACAGAGCGUCAAAGGCAAGGUGGUGAUCGACGCGUUCAGACUGAUAAACCCCAACAUGAUGGUGCUGGGCCAGGAGCCGAGGCAGACUACGUCCAACCUGGGUCACCUGCAGAAGCCCUCUGUCCAGGCGCUGAUCCACGGGCUGAACCGACACUACUACUCCAUCAGCAUCAACUACCGCAAGAACGAGCUGGAGCAGAAGAUGCUGCUGAACCUGCACAAGAAGUCGUGGAUGGACGGGCUGAUGCUGGCCGACUACUCGGACCACUGCAAGCUGAACGAGUCGGCGGUGGGCGACAUGUUGGAGCUGGCGCGCAACUACAACAAGGCGCUGGAGGACGAGGAGAAGAUGACGCCGGAGCAGCUGGCCAUCAAGAACGUGGGCAAACAGGACCCCAAGAGGCACCUCGAGGAGAAGGUGGACCUGCUGAUGACCACCAACAUCGUGCAGUGCCUGGGCGCCAUGCUGGACACCGUGGUCUUCAAGUGACUCUGAGGACCUCGCCCCCCUCCCCCCUCCCCGUGCGACCUGGGAGGCAUGCUCGUCUUGUCUCGGUCUGAAGGGAAGUGUUCACGUGGGAAGUUUUCGACAUUGAAGCCUCUUUCGUGUGUUUCGUCCUUGCAUUUGUUUGGCUACGAUAUUUAUUAAUCGAUGUCUUGAAUUUAAUGUUUUAAAAUUCAAACGGAUAUGUUUUUUUCCUCCCGUGUUUGUUAUGCUUCUGUGAACAUUAAAACCAUUGAUCGUU